GACUGUGUUCAAAGUUUCAUGGCUGGCAUUCCUUGACCUAUUUUAGUACGGCUCUCAGGCGAAAAAUGCCCUCGACGGCAGCUCAGGAUUAGCAAAUUUAGGAUAAACUGCUUCUUAAUAUUCUAAAGGAGUAAAUAAACGCAGUUAUGUUUAAGUGUAUUCCCCUGUUUCGAGCCUGCAAUCGGCAGGUCGAUUAUAUCGACAGGAGGCAUUGCAGUUUGACAAAUGUUCCUGACGAUGUUAUGCGAUAUUCUAGAACUUUAGAGGAAUUAUUACUCGAUGCCAACCAAAUCCGAGAUCUACCGAGGGGAUUUUUUCGGCUGCUACAGCUCCGGAAAUUGGGUCUUAGCGACAACGAGAUCUGUCGCCUGCCUCCAGAUUUCGCAAAUUUCAUGAAUUUAGUUGAAUUGGAUGUCAGCAGAAACGAUAUUGGUGAUAUACCGGAGAACAUCAAGUUUUGUAAAAAUCUACAAGUUGCGGACUUCAGCAGCAAUCCCAUAUCCAAACUUCCAGAUGGCUUCACGCAGCUUCGUAACCUCACACACUUGGGACUUAAUGACAUAUCUCUUGCACGGUUACCCCUGGAUAUUGGCAGUCUUACCAACCUGAACACAUUGGAACUACGCGAGAAUCUGCUCAAAUAUCUCCCCGCUUCGCUCUCGUACCUCACCAAGUUAGAAUGUCUCGAUCUCGGCAGUAAUGAAUUGGAGGAACUGCCGGAUACCAUUGGACAGUUGCCAAGUUUGUUAGAGUUAUGGCUGGACUGCAACGAGCUCAACGAGCUACCUCCAGAAAUUGGUAACCUGAAUAAAUUACAGCAGAUCGAUGUGUCAGAGAACAAGCUAGAGGAACUGCCGGACCAGAUUAAGGGCCUAUCAAAUCUCACAGACCUGAUACUGUCACAGAACCAGCUGGAGGUGCUGCCUGAUGGCAUAGGUAACCUGAAGAAGCUGUCCAUCUUGAAGCUCGACCAAAAUAGACUGCUCGUUUUAACCUCGGAAGUCGGAUAUUGCACAAGUCUAACGGAACUUAUUUUAACAGAAAAUCUUUUAUCGGAACUUCCUGUAACAAUCGGCAAUCUCAUCAACUUAACAAACUUGAAUGUCGAUCGGAAUCGUAUUUGUGAAAUCCCCAAAGAAAUCGGCCAGUGCACGAAACUCGGUGUUUUGUCGUUACGCGACAAUAAGGUCGUUCAUCUUCCGGUCAGCAUUGGCGAAUUGAAGGAUCUUCACGUUCUCGACGUAUCUGGUAAUCGACUGGAGUACCUGCCCAUCACGAUCAGCGGCUGUAACCUCAAGGCCAUCUGGUUAUCAGAGAACCAAGCGCAGCCGAUGCUAAAAUUCCAAACGGAUUACGAUGAAAAGACCGAACAGAAAGUGCUCACGUGCUUCCUUCUUCCUCAGCAGGCAUUCCACACUGAAAGCAUGGAGAAUCUACUGAAAGGUAGCGUUGCAACUGAUCAGGACAGCCGACUCAGUUGGUCCGAGCAACGGACGCCCGCCAUUAAAUUUGCCGGGGAGGAAGGAGAGGAAGAAAACGACGAGGAAAAAGAGGUAGUCGAAUCGAAGGAGAGUAAUUUCGUACGCCAUAACACGCCGCACCCGAAAGAAUUGAAGGCGCGCCAUUCCAAGAUGUUCGACAAGAAGGUGGACGGCCAUGUCAUUCCCAAGGAGCAUGAGAAGAAAAAAGAGGACAAGGCCUUUAUUCCGCAUCGGGACAGAGAUAUGUCUUUCUCAGACGGUGACGAGGAUAAAGUCCCCGUUGUCAACAAACAUGUCUCUAUGACGACGCCACCUCCUCAGGCACCUGUGCACAAGGUUACAAUAGCCGCUCCUUCGAUAGAAUCAUCAUCGCCCCCCAAAGAAGUGACGAUGCGGGAACACGUGGUGAUGCGAGAACAUCCAAAGGAGGUCAACAUUGCUGGCGGCGUAGACCUCGACAGCCCUGGUCAAACAAGCGAAGAACCAUACGAUGAAGGGGAGUUUUAUUCAGACGAGGAGCCACCCGGGUAUUACGAACGCCACGUCGGUUUCUCGUGCGAAGGUGAAGACGGUAAGGGCGAGGACUACAAACUCCGGCGCAGGGAUACGCCACAUCACUUGAAAAACAAGCGCAUUCUCGGCAGCAGUCAGGAGGAGGCCGAGGCAACAAUACGCGAGAUUUUAACGAAAAAGGCUUCCACUACGAGCAGUUUAAUUGAGGAUAAAGUCGAUGGACGAGCGUCUUCAGUUGAAAUGGAGAUACAGGCAACGCCCUCUGUUGAACUGAGAUUAGAGGCGUCGCCCGCACCAGUUCUCCAGGCGCCCCCGCCAAAGGCCACACCAACACUCACGAUGACCGCACCGAAAAUGGAAUCGCAAUCAAUGACAGCACCAAAGCCCGCAGCACAAAUAAUGAAACCCACGCAAAAAGUUGCGCCAGUGACGCCACCGGUGACUGCGUCGCUAACCAAGUCAGCCAUCGCACCCGUUGCGCCCCAGUUCCAAACGCAACACGUCCCAAAAGAGAUUCAGGAGGAGGAAGUCACAGUGAAGAUUAAUCGGACGCCGGGUCAGGGGCUAGGCAUCAGUAUUGCUGGAGGGAGAGGCUCCACGCCUUAUCGAGGAGAAGAUGAGGGCAUUUUUAUAUCACGAGUGUCAGAAGAAGGGCCAGCAGGGAAGGCCGGCAUCAUGGUCGGCGACAAAGUCCUCUCCGUUAACGACCGAUGCCUCGUCGACGUGGAACAUCAUGAGGCUGUCGCAGUCCUGAAAGAGGCGGGCAACAAUGUCGUAAUCGUCGUCACACGGGAAAUUCUUAUGUCGGCCGAGGUUCCGGUCGGGAAUGAAGAAGUGAAGCUGCCUAAUGCCUUCAUUGGUGCUCCAGAACCUCCGCCAGAGUUGGAUGUACAGGGGGAGACUCUGAAUACGACAUUGAUUCGUGACGACGCCGGUCUUGGGUUCAGCAUAGCCGGCGGUCGCGGCUCCGUCCCUUACAAAGGAGAUGAUCAGUUCAUAGGCCUCGGCGAGGAAGAGAUUCAGGCAUUUAAUGAGAAAUACUCUUUCUUAGAGGCUAUAUACAUAUCGAAGAUAUCAGAAGGAGGCUGUGCGGAUAAAGAUGGCGUCAUGCUAGUUGGGGAUCGAAUAUUGUCCAUAAACGGAAUCGACAUCUCUGAUGCCCGUCACGACCAAGCAGUGGCGCUGCUAACAGGAAGCGAUAACGUGAUCAAACUAAAUUUAUACCGAGAGCAUUUAAUACCAAAAGACUCUAUAGAUGAAAUACAGGUGGCGCCAUCCCCGUUAGUGAACGAAACUGUAACUAGUGAAAAUGUAAUAAAAGUCGAAUCUGUGCCUGUGCCGAAAAUUUCGCCAACGCCUAAAAUGCGGAAAGAAGAAUUGAAUGAAAUAAAGCAAGUUGAGGUGAACCAUGUUGGGGAGGCUGAACCCUACCCUACAGAGGUAAUACACAUAGACAAAGCCGGUGGGCCGCUAGGCCUGAGUAUAGUCGGUGGAAUAGAUCACGCUAGUCAUCCAUUCGGCAUUGAUGACCCAGGUGUUUUUAUUUCCAAGCUUGUCCCCGAUGGUGCUGCCUCAAAAACGAACCUAAAAAUCGGUGAUCGGAUAAUCGUCGUAAACGGCAAAAAUAUACGCACAGCUACUCACCAGGAGGCGGUGAUGGCUCUGCUCACUCCCAGCAAUGAAAUUGAAAUGUUAGUCCGUCACGACCCGCCUCCACCUGGGUUAAACGAUGUUGUGAUAUUCAAAGACCCCGACGAGAAGUUGGGCAUCAGUAUCAAAGGUGGUGCCAGGGGUCACCCUGCUAACCCGCUCGACAAGACGGAUGAGGGUAUCUUUAUCUCUAAAGUGAAUCCUGGGGGAUCGGUGGCUAAGGAUGGAACGUUAGUGCCUGGCAUGCGGAUACUAGAGGUGAACGGACAGAGCUUAUUGGGGGCGACGCAUCAGGAGGCCGUGCGGGCGUUGAGAAGCGUUGGUGAUAAAAUGAUGGUUAUGGUGAGCGAUGGGUUCGAUCCUAAAUUAUUGGAAGUGUCGCCCACCAAUACGGUUGAACGAACAUCGCGGGCCGAUUCCAUCUCGAGCAUUGACCGUGAAGACGAGGAGCAUUCGUUAAUCAAACAGACGUCACUAGACGAGAUCUCAUUCGAUUCUGUGAAGGAACAAGCCGCUAUGAAAGAAGCCGAAGAAUGGGAGAAAGAAGAACAGGAAGAAUUAGAAAGCGCUCGUCGCGAGCACGAAAAUAACGUCCGAGAUUCCGAGGACGAUGAAAAUUUAGACGAAGACGAGAGAUCGUCGUCAAAGUUUAGUAUCCCAAAACCAAAGUCGUGGCAGCCCUCCAAACCAAUGUCACGGAUGUCUUGGGAUUCUCGCCGACCGCUCAGCGAAAGUUACGACAAUAUUAACGACCCGGUUAGGGCCGCGCGUCUGCCCGGAGCAAAACCAGCAUAUCCUCGAGACAAUCUUACGAAGCUGUACCCGUGGACGGCCGCCUCCAUGCUCCACCGAUACAACCCAAAGAGACGGUCUUUACCGAUCUCACUCUCCUACGAUUGUCUCUUGCAAUACGCCAGCAAUCCCGCAAUGUUCGACGCAGAGGGCAACGAGAAGUUGACAUUUAGCGAAAAGAAAAAAUAUUUUGAAAAAGAAAUUCAAGAACAGCAAGAUGAAAAGCCGAAGGAAGGAGGAAGAAGGAAAUUUUCAUAUCUGUCUGCGGACGAGGUGGCCAAAAUGAAGGAGGCAGAAGAGAAGAAAUUAUCAUCGAUGUCACAAGAGGAGAUUAUGAAGAACUUUAAUGAAGACAACGCGGAGUAUGAUAAAUUGUUUACUAGCUUAAUGAACAGCAGUGCGACCCCUAGUGGACCCCCUGUUCGGACUAUAAAGGCUGAGCGUCGGCGCUCAAACGAGAUGAAGACUAGCGUGGAGAGUGUUGGUGGUGGCGGUGAUAAGAGCUUGACGCCCGAGGAGCGGGUACGAGAGGCGGAGAAGCGGGCCGAGUGGCGGGCAGCAAGGAUGAAAUCGUUAGAGGAGGAUGCGAUCAAGGCUCAGUUAGUCAUCGCGAAGGUCAAGGAAUUAUCGGAACAAACUGACGGUGAUAGGGAACGACUAGGAGCUGUCGAUAUAGACAUAGGUGAUAACAGCUCAAAAAAUAAUAAGGAAGAAGAGCACCAGGAGAAAAACCAUAACGAUUACAAAAAACUAAAAGUUAACACACGUGAUGGCAAUACUCAGGUCCAGGAGCGCUCCCGAGUCUUGGACGAGAAAAUUGUCCGAAAAACGGAAGAAUAUAUCGAUGAAAACGGAAAAAAGGCAUUUCGAACGGUUGAAUAUAUUGAAAAAACGGUUGAACACGAGGUCGAAACGACAAAGCAACAAAUUGUAGAGCUCGAAUUAGAGAGUGACGCAGAUGGUCGCCAUGGAAACACCAAUGGAGAAUUGUCAUGAUGUACCACAGCCAGCCAUUAGCUUGGUGCUUGCUGUACAGUGAUGAUACUCCACUCUCAGCCUGCCCCUCCAUCUUGGUGGUCUCUGUAACCAUAGUAACCAUAACCAUGGUAACCAUGUUACAUAGCAACAGACGUCUCUACUUGUUCUACAGGUCCAUAGGAACCGUUUUAUUACUCAAUGUCGUGCAAGGGUUGCAGAGCUCACCAAGAUCCAAGCCUAAUCUAGCCAGGCUGAAAUCCCCAUUGCCAAGGAUAUAAACCUGGUCACCAAGGAUGACAGCCUGGUUGCUAAGGACAAAAGCCUGGUCGCUAAGGUGGAAUACCUGGUCGCUGAGGCUGACACCUAGUUGCUUAGGGCUCACUUGUCGUCAUGGGCAACUGCUCUCCUGCCAUGGGCAGAGACUGGAUCCAACCGAUGAAGGAUUCAACAGCUUUUCUGUCAAGUUUCUGAAGUGUAUUACAUAUUGGUGGCAUGGCCUGUACAGUUGCGUGAGAUUUUACCUCCGAGUACAACGUCAAAUGUGCGGAGUGAAGUCAACAGAAUUUCUGACUCCUUUUCAGACUUUUGUUGUUGAAUCUUCUGGGUUUUCAAAAUUUAUCUUUUUUUAGAUUGUCCAUGUUUGCACUACUUAAUUGAACAGUUGCCAUAUUGAGGGUGAUAAGUUUUACAAAUGACGCCCAGAAGAACCAAACCAACAUCAGCCUAGUUCUGAGAAUCUUGACUUCGUACUUGAAGGUACAUUUUGAUGCCAUGUUUUGCCCGUUUUAGAAACGACUUCUGUAAAUAUCUUAUUGAGACAUGAAAGCUUGUAUUUCAACAUUGUUGAAUAUUCCAUUUCACCUGUGUACAUUGGCAAACCUUUUUGGUUGCUAUGGUGACCACAUAUAAAUAGACUGGUUACCUUGGCGACCACAUGUUCGACUGGUUAAUACAAUGACUAUAUAAUAUGAUUUGUACAUUUGGAAAAUACUUGUUUCUUUGGUAAGAAUAUUCCUCAUGUUGUUGUUAAAAGAAAUCUUGUUGCUAUGGCAAUAGUUGCUAUGACAACAGAAAACGCUGCAACAGCAUUCUGUUGUGGCAUAUUUAGCUAUCAGUAAUGUAUAUUAUCAUAUUGGGUAGCCUGCGCUUCACAGGGUAAUGGCAAUGGCAGAAUGGUGACAUGCAACUUUUCUUGAAUUUUUCAUCUUAUUAAAGAUGGCAGCAGUUUGCCUCCUGAUGUGGGGCUCCCAAGGGGCUUUUCGUUCUUUGACAUUAAAGAGAUUACUAUAGUACCGGCAACAGAUUCACUGUAGCUUUGGUAUGCUUGGGAAAGCCUGUUCCAACUCCAGUCCCUUGGGCAGACCUUCACUGAGGGUUACUUGCACUGACCUACCAAAUUGCUUCAGUUCUUCUUGACCAAAAAUUUGUAUGCUGCGUAUAACCGCCUUCUGCCAUUUUCAUUCCCCAAAACAUUUAGCACAACUUUAUUCUUAUUUUAUGAUUUCUUUUUAUCCUAAUCAAGACCAAAGUUGGCUGGUAUCCAAUGGCAAUAUAAAUACAGGUGGUUUCCAUGGUAACGCAUAUACAUUUUAAAAACUGCCUGUGUGUUAAUGUCUUUUAUUUUUUGGUAAUAGUUCAUUUUGAUGAAUGUCACAUGUUUUCUUUCAAGUAAGAUAGUCAGAGCUGCUUGUAUAAAAUGCAUGCAGGAAUUCAAAAUCACCUUCGAAUUUUUCUCAAUACCCAAUUCCCUUAUUGGUGAAUUGUUCAGGUAACUUUGACCAACUUACGACAAAAGAAACAUCUUUAAUGUUUCAUGAUAAUUUUUAGUAAACUUAUAUAAAUGCUAUUAUUACUUCAGAAACCUUACGGAUUUGAAUAAUUAUUAAUUGUGAAUACAAUAAUUGAUAAUGAUGUAUGUCAACAUAGACAGCAAUGAAUUAUGAGGAAAAACUGUACAGAUUUUAAAUUGAACAAACUGAGGAUAAUGGGUUUGCUCAGAAUCUAAAGGGUUAUUUCAAGCUUAAUAAUCCUACAUCUUAUCUCUUUUAGCGACCAAAAACAUGAAAUGUACGAAAGAAUAUUUUUGCACAAUUCCAAUAUUUGAUUUUAUCUGUACAUGUCAACAGUGAAUUUCCAUUUGUGUUAAAAGAUGUAUUGGCGCAGAAAGUUUACCAACUGCUCCUGGGAAAGCAUUAUCUGGUUGCUAUAGUUACCUUUCCGUCUUCUAUGCAAAAGACAGCUAGAGUUGUAAAUAUUUUUUUCUUGUGAUUUGCAUUUUUCUUCCCUGAUACUCAUCUGUUGAUGCUUUGAAAUAAGGACAUUUGAGAACACCUUAGAAAACACUAGUGUCAUCUAUAUAAGACCUGUUCUGAAUAAUCAAUUGAGUUUAUAGGUAUCGUGCAUUAAAGGGGGACUACAGUCAAGGAGGUUAAAUUGGCCAUCUUCAGGUGACUAAUCUACAUAAUUGUCUGAUGGUUAUGACGUCUUGUUCCGGCUUUGCUUUGAAUUUGUAGCAAUUUACCAGGUCUUACAUCAGUGAAAUUAGAGUAUAUACAGCCUUGACUUGAACAACAGAAGAUACUGACCAAAAUACUUUAAACCCCCUGAAUUUCAGGAAGUUAUUAUAGAAAUUGAUUUCAAAAGAUAUUGUGGCCAAUAUAGUCAGUGCUCUGUUCUUCUAAGCGUGAAAUGGAUUUCAAUAUUGUAUAUGAUUCUGUACAUUUGAGUCUCUCAGACUGUGAUGAUGAGUACAUUGUAUAAUUAUGUAAUGUUUCGUGUAUGUAUAUUGUGAAUAGGUCCAGUGAAUCGGAGGGUUAACUGACCCAAAUUCUACCACUAUGAAAAACUUUUCAUUAAGAAGUUCUUUUAGUCCGUUAAAAAUUGCCUUGGAAUUCACCAAAUAUCUAAAACUUUGCGUAUGAUAGAACAGUUGACAUAAAGAUUAUUUUAUACUUGAUAACAUGUUAAAAAGUUUCUGAGUCCUAACUAUCCACCCCCAUAUCAAUCAAAUCAUAUCAUCACUAAUUUCAAAACAGUUAUUUGCAUUGGUGUGAAUAGUUUCUUAAUCUAACUUGGUGUGUGUGGGACAAUCUUAGUCAUGCAACCCCAAUUUUACAAAUUUUGAACAGUUGUCCACAGGUCUUUCGUACUAACUCAUUGUCACUACUCAACCCAGUUAUUUGCAAAGUUGUAAAUAUUAUCAAUUCAGGCCCGGUUGUUCAAAGCAAGUUUUGUCACCAAUGCUCGUGUCAACUUGACUUGGCGCUAAGUCUAAGGGUUUAACAGAAGGAGAUAACGUUAUGUUAAGUUAAUGCCAGGGUUAGUAACAGAACUUGUCUUGAACAACCAGGCCAGAGCUCAAAUUAUGAAUUUCAUAAUCUAGCCUACCCCCCAUCCUGAUCUAGAGUCGAUUAAUUCACUUGAUAUCUGCAUCAUUUCGUUGGAUUGUUUCGUGAUUGUCCUUGUUGUUUUAGUUUCAUCAAAAAGCGCUAGGGGUCGCCUCUUAUCGCUUUUUGGUUCGUGUUGGACGAGGCAGAGUUCAUUUUUUUCUCUCCAAAAAGUUACAAAUUUUCAGAUCGGAGAUGAUGGACUUGAAUUGGAGCUGCUAAAACCCUCAUGUUUCAAACAAGGAGAUGUCAGUUGUGUGUUGUGUAAAGUUUAGACUAUCGUCCCAAGAAUUAUAUUGUAAUAGCCUUUUUUUAGGUGAGUGCCCCGAGCGGUGAAACUCUGCUUUGGGGAAACAAAAUUUCCAACUUAGGGGGGUCGGAAUUAGAUGUUUCAGCCAUCGUUAACCAUGAUGUCAAAAUGACGGAGACUGACACCAUGAGUCGACAAAGUUGCGAGUCCACUGCAAGAGGCACUGAACUAUAAGGAGGUGAAUAAAUCAUCUACCAAUGUUCACGGCAAAGUACCUUGUAGAAUUUAUCAGUUUAAGUUUUCCCUAACUUAAACAUCUGAUUCUAAAUCCCUUUAACUUUGGUAAUAGUUUGAGCAAGUUGUCUGUUAAUGAUUUUGGGACACUGUUUUCGACGAAACUGGUGCAGAUAUCAACAUCCUGAAAAGAAUUUUGCAACAAUUUAAAAAAGAACCAUGUGAAAUAAAAAUUAAAUUUACUGUUCUUCCGUUUUUGUCCUGUAUGUUUCAACUGUGUUGUUUAUCGAAGUCCUCCUAGGCAGCGCUGACCCAGUUUCUACUGUACUUUUUCUCCAUGACCUCAUGUUAACUAACCCAAAGCAACUGCUUCAUAUCAAGAGUUAAUGAAGACUAGUCCUUAUUGAUUCUUGGUUAUAUUUACAGUCCUGUGGGCAGCAGGUUAGGUGACGAGCAAAGUGUGUUCAUAUUUUCAGAUUUCUAUACAGGGACUAAAAUUUCCCUAGUCGGAGCAAAUGAGAACGGAAAUUAAAGCGCAAAAUGUAUCAGUAAAUGUGCCCGGUUUCCAAAGUACAAGGAGAGCCACCUAUAAAACAGAAAGUGAACUAGACAUGUCUGUGUACAUCUGUAUUAUGAACAGACAUGUCUGUGUACAUCUGUGUUAUGAACAGACAUGUCUAGUUAGCUUUCUGUUUUGUAGGUGGCUCUACUGGUACUUAAAGGAGAACGCAUUAUUUGACAAGUGGGUCCUUUAAAUGGAAUAUUGGCUCAUGUUAAAUUAGCUUGAAUAACCUGUUAUUUGAUAUCCGAGAUUGUAUAGUUGUGUUCAGGUUUUCAAACAAAUUUGACUAAUUCAUUUUCAUUUGACACAAGCUUGCUGAAAAAACUUCAUAUUUUGUUUAGAAAGCUGUAUAUAAUUUCACUAAUACAUACUUCUAAAAUCAGCAUUUUAAACUUGCUAUUCUUUGGUAACAGUUCCUUGCAAAAUAAAUGAGGAAUUCCAGCGAACUUUGUAUAAAAUGAACUUUUAACAUCAUAUUUGUUCAUUGCAUGUACCUUUUUUAUCGAGAUAACCUGUACGAGGGAUUCAUUUUAGCUUGAUAGUUUUCAGUUUCCCUUUGACCUUGUAUUCAAUUCACAAAAAUGUAAUAUUGAAAUUACUAUUAAAGAAAACAUUUACUGCUACAUAAA